UUAUCUCUCUUUCUCUAUCUACUUAUCUAUCUUUCUAUCUAUAUCUCUCCCUCUCUUUCUUUUCUCAUUCUCUUUCCCUUUUCCCUCAUUCUCUCCCUCACUCACUCACUCACUCCAUCCUAUUCCAUAUUCAUACAUGAGGCGGAAUUAAACAUAUAAAUAUAUCCCAAUAAAUUCCUUAGCACACAGCCAGUCCAUCCCCACAUUUUCGCAAUUGAAUUAUAAUAAACAGAGAGAAAAAUAGAUAUGAUGGCCGUCAACAGAAAUUUCGUCCUUUUCCUGUCCUUCACUUGUGUGGUGACACUGUUAAUUGGGUUGAAGGAAAUUCAAAUUAAAAACAAGAACAGCGAAGUUCAAAUCAUAGUUACAGCGGAAACAAACCACGAAACCACAACAAAUCCAAAGAGAGAAACUAAACAAGAAACAGGACAAAACAACAACGCAAAAAGGCAGUGGGAAUAUAAACAGGAGGAGAGGAAGCAAGCAGUGAGGGAAGCGUGCAGAGGACAAGACCGAGGUUACCUGCUUGAUCGUCUGCUUGAUUUACCUAGUCGCUUGGGUCAUCUGCUGGUCGACGAUGGACACCGAACUAUAUAUUGUUAUGUUCCGAAGGUAUCGUGCACGACCUGGAAGCGGGUGUGGGCGGCGCUGACGGGGAAGCUGAAGGCGUCGAAGCUGUACGAGUCUCCAAACGCCUCACCUCAUUACCUGACGAAGAAGAUGUCGCUCUUGGGACAGAAGCUUAGUAGAGAGGAACUUCGGCAGAAGCUCCUGACCUACACCAAGUUCCUGGUGGUGCGCCACCCGCUGGAGCGCCUCCUCUCCGCCUUCAGGAACAAGUUCGAGAGCAACAGCAGAGACGCGAAGGUGUUCAAGCGCGUCUACGGAGCCAAGAUGAUCCGGAAAUACCGUCGAGGAACCGGGUCGCCGAGCGAGAACCUGACUUCGGCAGAGGAUCUCGAGGAGGAGUCCGCCAAGAAGACCGGCGAAGGCGUGAGGUUCUCGGAGUUCGUGUCCUUUCUGCUGGACAAGAAGGACCUGGCGACCGUCAACGAGCACUGGCGGCCCUACGAGUCCCUUUGCCACCCAUGCGCCGUGUCCUACGACGUCAUAGGCAAGUACGAGACCCUAGAGGAGGACUCGGAGAGGUUUCUGCGUCUCAUCGGAGCUCCCGAGGGCCUGCACUUCCCUCGGUACGCGCCGACGAACACCUCCGCCCUCCUGCGCUUCUACCUCGCCUCCGUCAAGCCAGGCAGGCUCGCGAAGCUGAUGAUGGCUUACCAGAGGGACUUCCAGCUGUUCCAGUACGAUGGAGUGGACGUUCCAAGGGACAAGAGGCUGUAAUUUUGGCUUGGAAAGGACUGGAAAUGUAUUUUUUAAAUACAGAUAAAUACACGUG